AUGGCCGCGCGCAAGCGAACUGCUGCUGCCGUCCUCGGCGACGGCCACGCCACCACCACCCUAGGAUCGCCGACGCGCUCCAAGAGGAGCCGCAUCAACAACAUCCGGAGCAGCGCGGACUACGAGGAGCAGACAUGCCUCGGCGAGGGCGGCUUCGGCUGCGUCCUCCGGGCGCGCCACCGCGCCACCGGCAAGAUCGUCGCCAUCAAGUACCUCAACUGGGCGGACGGGUCCGUGGAGCCUCCCGACCCCGCCGAGCUUCUGCGGGAGGCCGGAUUCCUCGAGGCCUGCAACGGGAACCCUUACGUCGUCGGCUUCGAGGGCCUGGUGCGCGAACCCGACAACGGCGCCUACGGCCUCGUCAUGGAGUACGUCGCCGCGCCGACCCUCCAUGAGUUCCUGUGGAAUAGGUGCCGCGGCGGCGGCCCGCCACUCCCGGAGUCCACGGUUCGCGCCAUCAUGUGGAAGCUCUUCACCGGCGCCAAGAAGAUGCACGACCGCCACGUCGUCCACCGCGACAUCAAGCCGGCCAACAUCCUCAUCGGCCAAGACGGGGAACUCGUCAAAAUCUGCGACUUUGGGCUGGCGAUCUCCUUGUCCGAGCUGCCGCCCUACACCCAGGCCGGCACGGCGUUCUACUUGGCACCAGAGAUGCUCCUGGGGAAGGAAGACUACGACGCGCUCGUCGACACGUGGUCUCUCGGGUGCGUCAUGGCCGAGAUGCUCACAGGAAAGACGCUGUUCCUUGGCGAUGAUGAUGAUGACGAUGACGACGACACAAACAAUGAGAUCAUCCAACUCUGGAGCAUCUUCCGCUUGCUCGGGACGCCGGACAACAGGACGUGGCCGGAGUUCUCAUCUUUGCCGCACACCGCCAAGGCCCUACGACUCCUACCGCCGGGGCACAAGCAGAACAAGCUGCGGGAACUGUUCCCUCAAGAGAAGUUGUCCGACGAAGGAUUCCAGGUGUUGCAAGGCCUCCUCACCUGCAACCCCGACAAGCGACUGACGGCGGCCGGCGCGCUCAAGCACCGAUGGUUUGCUGCUCCUCGUCCCGCCACCGCCGCGGCAAAGGUCGGCGCAAUGUCGUUUCCGGUAAAGAAGGCACCAAGGAUCAAGUUCAUCCCGCCGGCCAUGCCACAGAAGAAUCUACUCAAAAUUCCCCUCGCUGUGUGGAACGCAGCAGAACAAGUGUAA